AUGUCCGACCUCUACUCCUCCCUCCGUGUCUCGCCUCGCAAGAAGCGCGUUCUCCCCAGCUCGGACGACGAGGACACCCUCACCCCCAAGCGUCUCAGGCGUAACAGCACGGUCCCUCCUACCCCUUCCUCGACGCGUCGCAAAACCACCGAGGAUGUCGACUCCAGCUCCAUUCCCGCACACAUCUCUCGCAUGCACACCAUCCAGACUGCUCUUCAGCAUGCCCUCUCACAUGCCCUCGCGACCUGCGCGGUAGCACCCUCAGAAGACACCGGCGUCGUCCGCAACGUCCUCAACCACAUGUCGCUCGGCGCAUACAGUGGGAUCACCACCAAGAUCGAGAUGGACGAUCUGAAGCGGCUAUGCUGGCUCUGGGAGUGGGAUGGCAAAGACCCAUCUUCCGAUGCAGGCGCCAGUGCAGGCAAGGGCAAGAAGGCCGAGGUUGCGAAAGAGGACGCAGAGGACAACCCUUUCCUCGACGAUGCCAAGCCGGUCGCUGCUCCUCCCUCCAAGGACUGGCAGCGAGGUGCUAUGGGUUUCGUUAUUAGCCAAACGACGUACUUUUCCAAAUCUGCGGGAGCGAGACUCCCCGUGUAUGGCCUCGGCAUCGAAGUCGAGAUGGACAUCGACAAGGAUAUGAAGGGAGGCAUGGCUGCUGUUGCUCGCUGGACCUCCGGUGCCGAGACGAGGCGGAAACAGGUCCUGCAGAAACUGCAGCAGUGGGUCAAGCUUCAUGCCGACGACAAAGUCGUGCCUCAAAUACCCAUGGCAGUCCUCCCACCUCUUCCAUCGGCUGCAAAGCCCUCCAAUUUGACGCGUUUGCUUGCGUCGUCUUCUCCAAAGUCUCCCGCUGCUGCUUCGAUCCUCGCUGCGCCCGAGUGUCCUCCAUCUCCGACGCGCUCGACUUCCAAGGCUCAGCUCCUGAAGUCGCCAACCAAGAAGAUCCGCGAGUUUGCUGUUCCAUUCCCGGUCACACCUUCAGCCAACCGGAUUGGCACCCCUACCACGAAUCGCAUCCUGGGGACGCCUUCCACGAACCGUGUCCUAGGAACACCUUCCUCCAGCCGCAAGUCCGGCACCCCAUCUAUGAACCGUGUUCUGUUCCCUCAGACCCCCUCGCGCCAUAGCCGCAGCGAAGACGACCUCCGCACGCCCACCAGCGCGCGCACCCCUUCCCUUUGCGGCAGCGACACGCCAACCGCAUCCGAGUCGUCCGUGCCUUCGACCCCAGUCCAUCAGCGCGGCGACGACGCAGACACCGUCCCCCAGACGCCCACGAGCUCGCGCAGGCAAGCCCUGUACGAGCGCAUCCGCGCCCGCUCCGUCCAGAACACCCCCACGAAGGCGCACCCCAGCGGCGCGCCCAUGUCCAAGGACCUGCUCCUCAAGCUCUCCCAGGAGGAGAUGCGCCGGCGCUGCCUGCUCGGCCGCCUCGGGGGCGUCGCAGAGAGCGUGUGGAUGAUGUUCUCGAACCCCGCCGGGCUCACGGGUGUCGGGGCGGCGAGCGCGCGCAAGCGCCGCGCCAUGCCUACUCCGGAGGUCGCCGCCGCGGUCGUGAAGUCGUCCCCGGUCCCGAUCUCCGCUGCGGAGGCGCACGAGUCGCUCAUGAUGCUCGUGAGGCUCUGCCCGUUCUUCUUGCGCCGGAUGGACGUCUCGGGCGAGGAGUGGCUCGAGAUGCCCGCGCAGACGAGCGGCGCGGGCUGCGAGGCUGAGGGCGAGGCGGCAGCCCCCGUGGUCGUACCGAGCAGCCCUGGGAAGCUGAAGCUGGCGAAGGACGAGAGCGCGUCGGAGGUCCUCACGCGCAGCCCUCGGCGGGUGAAGCGGGAGGGGUGGGGGCUGCGCGAGGUGCGCGAGCGGAUCCGGAGGGAGCUCGAGCAGGCGGACUGAGCGCCUGUCUCGAAUGCUUGCUUGUUUUGCUUUGCUUUAUUCUGCUACGCGGACGAUCCCGUACAUUGCUCUAGCUAUCCGCCCGUGCACGAUUUUGAACGACUCCUUCACGAUUGCGUUAUGUAUAUAUUAUCUAGUUGUGCGCAUUUAUAGUACCUGUACGAUCCGGCCAGAACG